AAUUAUGUCAUGUACAUCAACGUAAAUUAUAUAUUCUUAUGUAUGUAUCUUAAAUGUGAAUACUCCACCAUAUAGAUAACCAAACGUUACUUCGUAGCUUCAUCUAGAUAACAAAGUACAUCUCUAACUUAUUCCUAACCUCAAAUAUUCGUAUUAAAGAUCAAGCUUUUGUUCAAUAGUCCAAAUUUAAUAAGUGAAAUAUUUAUUACUGAUAAAACAAAAUAAGGUAAUUUAUAAUAAACAUGUUACGAACAAAACAGAUAAGUGGUGUUUGUUCAUUAACAUUGGGUAAUUUUAUAAAGUGUGAACAGUUUGAGCCAAAUAUAAUUUAUACGCAGUGCAUUCGAUGGAAAAGGAAACCGAUUUGGUUACCAACUGCAAAGAGCAAGGUAUUCAGAGUACCUCCAAGGCCAAAAAUACUUAUAGAAGAAUAUAUAGAACUUAAAAGAUUAAAUAAUAACUACAGAACAGUCAUGAAAUCACUUAUGCAAUAUUUUGAAAAUGAGUUUAAGAAGAGUCAAGUCCAAUUUGAUGAAAUAACUGUAAAUAAAAUAGCGGAAAAGGAUUUCAUACAAUCUAAUUUAAUAAAUGAUGAAUGGAACAUGCAAAUAGCCAAAAUUAGAGAAGACAGAUUGGCAAGAGAAAAAGAAGAAAGAAAAGAAACUAUAUUAAAGAAGUUAUUAGAAAAAGAGGAAAGAGAUAAACGGAAGGAACAAGAAAUUGAAGAGCAUGUUAAAAAACUUAAGGAAGAAGCACCUACUUUUAUAACUGCUGCAAAUAUAGAUAAAGCGAUUGAGGAAGCAUUAAUAAAUAUUGUGAAUCAUGAUUUUGCUAUUGAUUUGAAAGGAAACUGUUAUACAGAACCAUACACUGACAGUAAAAAAACAAAUGUAAAUAGUGAUAAUGUCGUGAGCCUAUAAAUAAAUUAAAAUUAGUUCGUA